AUGUCUGACAUUUCGGACGAUUUAGCAAAGAAAGCUUCAGAGAUAACCAAAAACCUCCUUCCAGAGAAAUCAAGAGAGAGGUAUGAAGAGGAGUUCAGGAAGUUUGUGGACUGGUGCCAAGGACACAAUGUUUUACCAAAGAAUGCAAUAGAAAGAAAAUCAAAAAAGAUCGGUCUGAAGCAUGGGGAACCUGGUGGAUGUGAUGUCGCCAAGCGAUUAAUGGUGACAGCACUUCUGCCGCCUUGUCGAAUUCUCGAGGCAUUACGAGUAAUUGAAAGCUUGGUUGAAACAACAAAUGAUGAAUACAAAUCAAAGGCUAUGCGGCUGAUAGCAUAUUUCAAAGAUGAAUGGAUUGAAAAGGUGACGCCUGCAGCCUUUUCCGUGUUCGGCCAGAAGAACAGAACUAACAACUGUCAAGAAACACUGAAUAGGAACAUUAAUCGUAGCAUCACGCCUCAAGGAAACGCUUGGGGCUUUUGGGGUAAGUUGCUGGCAAUUUCGGUGAAGGAAACAAAUUACUUCACUCAGUUGAGUCGAGGGAGGGACUGCGCUAGAGGAAGAAAGAAUAAGUGGCUGCUGCAGGAUGCGGAUAUUGCAAAAAUUCAAGAGAAAAUCAACAACCAUGUAAUAUCAAUGGCAGAGUUUUUAUCCGCUGCGAUUCACAAAAUAUCAACUCUUGCGGAAUCGUACCAGCCAGGCGACGCUGACGAUGAGAUAGAGCUGCACAAUUUACAACCAG